AUAUAUAUAUAGAGAACCGUCCUAUUCCAUUGAGUGCGGUCGGUGUCAGGGACUCAGGGACCCCCUCUCUUCUUCUCGGAAGAGAGGUUCAUUGGGAGAAAAAGCUCUCCGGCGUAUCUCAGAAGUUCCAGUCGAAGCUCUUCUUCAAUAGCGAUCGUUUAGGAAAACUUGAGAAGGAGUACUGUAUUAUCUUUGGAAAGGAUUCCAGUAAUGCAGGUUUAGGACGUUGUUUUGUUCCAAUUGUUCGAAGUUUGCUGUUCUAAUCGCGAGAGAAGAAGAUUUGUAUCGCCAGUAAGGUACAAGCUAGACAUGGUGUAGAAAAAUCAUAUUGUUCUCACGAUGAAGAUGCUAAAGUCAAACCUUCCAUUGGCCCAGUAGAUCUAAGACAAUUUUUUCAUUUUUAUUUUAGGACGAUUUGAGUGUUACGACCGGGGAUAGCAGGUUGGAGAACUUUUUCGACAUGGGAUUCAUCAGCAUCCAACAACUGUUUCAUCUUCUACCAUUAUAAGGAUAUAGAAAGAACCAAAACCCUAAUUGAGAAUCUAAAGGAUUAAGUAGUAAGAUGGUGGUUCCGGAGUCGAAAGCGGUGGCCCAUGGCAAGUUGGAGUUGGGAACACCGGCAGCGGAGGAGAUAACUUCUUCCAAGUCACACUCAUUGUCAUCAUCACUGGGAAGACAAACCUCCAUCUACUCCCUCACACUCGACGAAUUCCAGAAUUCUCUUGAGAAUGGGAAGAAGUUUGGGUCGAUGAACAUGGACGAGUUCCUGAACAAUAUCUGGAAUGCGGAUCAGGAAAACCAAGCUAACCAAUCAGAUGACGACACUUCUCCAUCCAUCCAAAACCAACGAGGACAAAGUGGGGAGAAGAGUAUAGCCAGCCAACGUAGCUUACCCCGCCAAGUUUCUCUUACUCUUUCUGGACCUCUUUCUAGGAAGACAGUAGAGGAAGUGUGGGAGGAAAUCCGGAGAACCCAGGAAGAAGAGCCCAGUGAUGGAGGAGGAAGUCAUACAACUACGGCUACAACUACAACUACAACAACCCAUCGCCAGGCCACCUUCGGGGAGAUGACAUUGGAAGAUUUCUUAGUAAAAGCAGGGGUGGUUAGGGAAUCAGGUCCACCCCAGGUGGCGGCGCCACCGGCACAUGAGACACAGCAGUACGAUCUGUACAAUAAUACUAAUGCGGCGGCUUUGGAACCAAUUAACUUCGGGAUAGGACCAGUGCUUGGUCUUGGGUACACUAACCACCACCGGAGUAGCGGAGAUGCCAUGGGCGUUAUUAAUGUUCCAUCUAGCUACCAAGCAUUCCCUACAAGUGAUGGGGUAGUGGGGGAGACUUCGAAUUACGUUGGGAAUGGUAAGAGGAACGGAGGAGGUUAUCCGGCGACGGCGGGGGCAGUCUGUUUUGGAGGGAGAGCGACAAUUUCACCGGCGAGCCCAGGAUCGUCUGACGGAACUCAAGCAGAGAACUCGGGUGCAAUGGGGAGUUGUUACAGGGUUGCGGAGAUGGGAGGGUUAAGGGGGAGGAAGAGGGUGAUAGAUGGGCCUGUAGAGGUGGUGGUGGAGAGGAGACAGCGUAGGAUGAUCAAGAACAGAGAGUCCGCCGCCAGAUCCCGUGCCAGGAAACAGGCAUACACGGUAGAGCUGGAAGCAGAGCUGAACCAACUGAAGGAGGAGAAUGCUCACCUCAAGCGAGUUCUGGCGGAAUCAGAGAAGAGGAGGAGGCAGGAGUUGCAGGAUGAGAUGAAGGAAAAGCCUCCAACAAAGGCAAGAAAAGCUGAGGAGAAGUUAAAAAUGAUGAGAAGAAGCAUCAGCUUUCCUAUUGGGCUCUGCUGCGAUGAUCACACUGGAAUUUAGAAUCAAACAUAAAUGAAUGCCAAAUGCAGUACUCACUCUCAUCUUCAAGUUUCAGUGGUAUUAGGUGGGGACAAAGAGUGGGGGAAGUUGUACAGAUGACCCUAUUAUUACUGUAAUAGGCUUUUCGCUUUUAGUAUAUGGUUGUCUUCUUGUUUUUCUUGGAAAUGGAUAGGUUUGUUUUGUAACCAGUGGUGCCCUUAGCUAUUACAGUUAUACUGUUGUAUAUAUUUUGAAGGGCAAAAAGUUAUGAAGUGAUGCCAUUAGUGGUCUGUUGUUUCA